UGUAAACAGGUAAACCAUUGUCCAUAAAUAUUAUUUAAGAUUGUUUUUCUAUUUCAGUAAAUAAGUAGUUAUUAUUUUAUUUAUUAUUUUGUUUAUGAUUCGCAAUUAUUGAAGCUAUUCAAAACGUUCACACAUUUGUAACUACAUUUUGAAGAGGAUGACUUAGUAGUUUUGAAUGGAAAAUUUAGCUAUGAGUUCAUCAUAGAAAACCAAAUGAAACUCAUGUGUGCUCUAUUGUGCGAUAUACAGCUAUUGUUUAGUCAUUAACGUAUUAAAUAAUGUCGGCCUUAGAAAGUAUUGAUUGUUUAUUUUCAAAUACAAUUCGAUAUGGAGCCUAUUAGUGAGAGCAGAAGUCCAAAGAGAGAGCUAGAGCAGUCUGCAGUGAAUGAUUCAGUAAAUAUAAGACAAUGUCUAGAGAGUAAUGGUAAAUUGAAAUUUCCAGAACAAAUUAAACAGAAAUGUGAAGAGUUGGCUAUGAUCCAACUAGAUUCUAAUAUUAAAGUCAUUGAAAAUAAUUGUGAAACAGUAUCAAAUUCCAAACCAAAUGUUGAAGUAUCACAACAUACUGCUGAUGAUAACCACGAGAAUCAUAAUAACUCUGAUAAAAAACCUGAUGAUGAGAUUGGUUUUAAUAUAAAUUCAGAAAAUGCAGUCAUAGGAGAAAUUGAAGAUCCUAGAAAUAAACAUUUGACUGAAGUUGAAAGUAGUGAUUUGAGUGCUUUAAAUCCUAAUGCAGAGAAAACAGAGCCAGAUAAUACAGCUGAUAGAAAUCAAGCUUCUGUACAAAAUUCUGAUCAAGCAUCUUUACCUUUAACUCAAAUCCCAUUUCGAGAAAAAUGUAAAUAUGGAAACACAUGUUAUAGGUUAAAUACUGAACACAAAGAUAAAUUUAGUCAUCCUGGAGAUACUGACUAUGAUGAUCCUGAUAAUAGGCCAGAAUGUCCUUAUGGAAUUUUAUGUUAUCGUAAAAAUCCACAGCAUAAAUUAGAUUAUAAACAUACUGCAACUAAACGUAAAAGAACUCAAAAUCCUAUGGGAACCACAUUAUUAGAUGGUUUAUCAGACUUUGAAGAUUCAAUGGAAGAAUCUGUGGAUGAGUCUGAAUAUGAUGAUUCUUUUAUAGAUGAUGAUGAUCUCGAUGAUGAUGAAUUUGAUAGUGAUUUGGAGUUUGAUGAUUUAGAUGAUGAAAAUGAUUAUAACUCAGAUGAUGAAGAUGAAAAAGAGACAAAGAAAAGGAAAAAGAAAAAUGAGGCAAAAGAAAAGAAAAAGAAAAAAACUAAAAAUAACUAGGAACUUAGUAAAAUACAAUAUAGAAUUAUACAAAAAUUUUUCAGAUAAGGAUAUAUUUUUAUAAUAUAAAUAUGAAAUCUUACAAAUUAUACUUAAUUCACUUGAUAACCCUCAUCAU